AAGGUCGGGUGGAAGAGAAAGGAAGAGAAAGUGUGUAUUUCUCCACCUUCUCUUCCAUCCGACCUUAUGCGGAUUUCAUCAAUUCCAUAUUUUUGAAUUCAUUCAUUCACCGGUAAAUUAACUUGAACGCUGUUAUUGGGUGUUAAGGAUGGCAAUGAAUAAUAGACGGAUGGAAUUUGGGAGGCCUGUCUCAGGUAAAAGAAGAUUGAAGGAUUUAAUGCUUCAAAAAGAUAACCGCUUAUGUGCUGAUUGUGGUGCUCGAGAUCCUAAAUGGGCGUCAGCCAACAUUGGAGUUUUUGUAUGCUUAAAAUGUUGCACUGUGCACAGAAGUCUCGGUACUCAAAUAUCAAAGAUUUUGUCAGUGACAUUGGACGAAUGGUCAAAUGAUGAAAUAGAUGCAAUGAUAGAAGUUGGCGGAAAUGCUUCUGCUAAUUCAAUUUAUGAGGCUUAUAUUCCAGAAGGAUAUACAAAACCUGGACCAGAUGCUAGUCACGAGCAACGUGAAAAUUUCAUCAGGUCAAAGUAUGAGCGUCAAGAAUUUUUGAAACAUAGUUUGCGCAUUGUAUCAACAAAAAGUAGUGAUCGUCGAGAAAGUUUCUCCAAAAGGCUUAUGGAUAGCUUUCGAUCUACCAGUUGUUCAAAGAAUAUGGACGGAACGGUGGAAUUUAUUGGAACGUUGAAAGUGAAAGUAGUUCAAGGCACAAAUUUAGCAAUCAGAGAUAUGAUGACAAGCGACCCGUAUGUUGUUUUGAAGCUUGGCGAACAGACUGUUCAGACAACUGUAAUAAAGAGUAAUUUGAAUCCAAUUUGGAAUGAAGAACUUACGUUGUCAGUUCCUCAACAAUAUGGAACAAUAAGUUUGAAGGUAUUUGAUCAAGACUUGUUUUCAGCUGAUGAUAUAAUGGGAGAAGCAGAUAUUGAUCUUCAACCUUUGAUAACAUCUGCAAUGGCAUUUGGUGGUGCUGGAAUGUAUGAUGAUAUGAAAAUAGGAAAAUGGCUGAAAUCCAAUGACAAUGCACUUAUAGAAGAUAGCAUAGUCAAUAUCAUUGAUGGUAAGGUUAGACAAGAGAUUGGAAUCAAGCUCCAAAAUGUCGAAUGUGGAGAAAUAUACUUAGAACUUGAAUGGAAUCCUAAUCAAUAGGUGCAUUGCUAUUGCUAUACAUUUUCUUAGUUUUGGCCCAUCAUCCUAUAUUCCAAUCAAAAAGUAAAUUUUGUUGGUCCUUUCCAAUAAUUAAAUUAUUUUACAAAAUUUGGGUAAAUUUUAUAGAUAAAGAAGAAUGAGUGAUCAUGUAAUUUUGAUCCAUUUAAUCAUCAUAGAUUACUUCUGUGUAUGUUAA